UAACCUCGAAUUUUCUUGUGAUAAACACAAUUAUUGCGUGUUGUAAUUGUUAUCAGUAAUAUGACUCAAUAGAUAAUUUUUAAAAGUGGACAAACAUGGAAGAAUCAAUUAAUUCUAUAAACGAGGAAUCAGAAGAAAUAAAAGCCACAAGAUUUAGAAAUUUACCUUCUGUUAAUUCUCUGAGUCAAGAGGAUUUAAACACAAUAAUUGUUGAAAAUGAAGACAAUGGUUUAUUAUCAUCUGUUCGAAGAAGGGUUCAAGUUAGUAAAGAAAAAGUAGCUAUAGGCUCUCUGAAUGUCCUGUCUGCAAAAUACGAGAGUUUGGAUUAUGACACCUGUGAAAAUCAUUUAUUGCUAGAUGAAGAAAGGAAAAAGGGUUACAAAUUUAUAAUACAAAAAAGUAUAGCAAGAUGGUUUACAUUCUUAUUAAUUGGAAUGAUAACAGCGUUAAUUGCUUGUUUUAUUGAUAUAUCUAUUGAAGUAUUGUCUGAAAUAAAAUAUGCAGCCCUUAGUAAAAGUGUGGACAAAUAUGUAACUGAAGGAAAGCUGUAUAUACCAUAUUUCCAAUGGGUGGCUUCAAAUAUAUUACCAGUGUUAAUUGGUUCAUUCCUUGUAGCAUAUAUUGAACCAGUUGCUGCAGGAAGUGGAAUUCCUCAAGUUAAAUGUUAUCUCAAUGGAGUCAUGAUUCCAAGAGUUGUCAGAAUCAAAACCUUAUUUGUAAAAAGUGUGGGAGUUGUGUGUUCAGUUGUAGGAGGUUUAGCAGGUGGAAAGGAAGGUCCUAUGAUCCAUUCGGGUGCAGUUGUGGCCGCAGGUAUUUCCCAAGGAAAGAGUACCACGUUCAAUCGUGAUUUCAAAAUAUUCCGAUAUUUUCGAGAGGACCACGAAAAGCGCGAUUUUGUCUCGGGUGGAGCUGCAGCUGGUGUAUCAGCAGCAUUUGGAGCUCCAGUUGGCGGAGUAUUGUUUAGUUUGGAGGAGGGCUGCAGUUUUUGGAAUCAGGGUUUAACAUGGCGAACGUUUUUCGCUUCGGUCGUGAGUACAUUCACCCUCAAUGUUGUACUGUCCGCGUAUCACGGAGUUCCCGGUAAUUUAAACUAUCCUGGCCUGUUAAAUUUGGGAGAGUUUGACAAUUUUAAGUAUCAGAUAUAUGAAAUUCCGUUGUUCAUUGUUAUGGGUGCGUUUGGUGGAAUAUCAGGGGCUGUUUGGAAUCACAUAAACUACAAAUUAACUAUAUUUAGAAUGAGAUACGUUCAGCGGAAAUGGUUGCGAGUACUUGAGGCCCUUAUUGUUGCUUCAGUAACAGCAACAGUAGGUUUUCUUAUGAUGUUCACACUCAAUGAUUGUAAACCUUUGGGUCAAGAUCCAACAAAAUAUCCAACACAGCUAUAUUGUAUGGAUGGUCAAUAUAACGUUCUAUCUAGCAUGUGGUUUCAAACUCCGGAGGCAACAGUUAGGUCGCUAUUUCAUGAUCCACCAAAUUCCCAUAAUGCUGUCUCUCUAGCCGUUUUCGUUGUAUUCUAUUUCUUAUUAGGAGCCUGGACUUUCGGAUUGGCCACGUCGAACGGUCUCUUCAUUCCCAGUUUACUUACGGGUGCCGCUUGGGGCAGGCUAGUUUCAAUUGGGCUGUACCGAGCCAUCCCUGAUGCGACGUUAAUUCAUCCUGGUAAAUACGCUUUAAUUGGAGCGGCCGCUCAACUUGGGGGAGUGGUAAGGAUGACCAUUAGUUUAACUGUAAUUAUUAUGGAAACCACGGGCAAUAUAUCAUUUGCUUUACCACUCAUACUCACUCUUGUAGCUGCCAAGUGGACCGGCGACUUCUUUAAUGAGGGCAUAUAUGACACUCUGAUACAAUUGAAUGGGGUACCCUUGUUGCCAUGGGAGCCUCCACCGUUAGUUCACAACAUUUACGCCAGCGAAGUGAUGUCUCAUCCAGUUGUUACUCUGAAAUCAGUGGAAAAUGUUGGGCAUAUUGUUGAACUUUUGAAACUGACCUCUUACAACGGUUUUCCUGUGGUAGAUCCUCCAUCUACGGAUCUUAUGGAAGUUACUACAUAUGGUCGUAUAAGAGGUUUAAUUCUAAGGUCACAAUUGAUAGUGAUAUUAAAAAACAAAAUAUUUAAUGAGACAUGUGACGAAUGGGAUAGUAUUUCUACCAGUAUUUUCAGAAAUGAAUAUCCCAGGUAUCCAACAAUAGACCAAAUAAGUAUUACAGAAGAAGAGAAAACUUUUAACAUUGACUUACGACCGUUUAUGAAUCCAUCUCCGUACACUGUCUUACAUUCAUCGUCUCUACCUCGGAUGUUCCGCCUGUUUCGGGCACUUGGUCUUAGGCAUCUUCCAAUUGUAAAUGAUGCUAAUGAGGUGGUAGGUAUGGUGACCAGAAAAGAUUUAGCUAGGUACCGGGUGUGGAAACAUAGAGGCCGAAUGGGAGUUGAAGAAUUACUCCUAUCCAAAGAUUUAUAAUCAAUAUUUUGAACCAAAAAUUAGAAAUGUUUUAUAUUUAGUGUAAAUAUGUUAUAUUAUUAUCGAAUGCCAUGUUUAAUUUAUAUUUUUAUUAGAAAAGAUAUCAAUUUAUUUAUUAUUGUAUAUAAAUAUAUGACAAUUAUUUUUUAUUAAUAAAUAUUAUUUAUAUUAGUAUUAUG